UACAUACUAUACGUAGAGAUACUAUCAACGUGCUUGUAAUUUUGUAAUUGUAGUGCAUAAUUUGUAAUCCAUUUAAACAAAGUAUGGGGAAAAAGGUAAAGAUUGGGAAACAAAGGAAAGAUAAAUUUUAUCAACUUGCUAAAGAAACAGGAUAUCGUUCUCGUGCUGCAUUUAAGCUAAUCCAGUUGAACAGAAAGUAUGAAUUCCUACAGAAGUCUCGAGUUUUGGUCGAUUUGUGCGCUGCCCCUGGAGGUUGGCUGCAAGUAUCACAGAAGUACAUGCCUGUUUCUAGCUUAGUGAUUGGAGUGGAUUUGGUGCCCAUUAGGCCAUUAGGAAAGGCUAUAACUUUACAAGAAGAUAUAACAACUGAUAGGUGUCGACAAGCUUUAAAUAAAGAACUAAAAACAUGGAAGGCAGAUGUUGUUUUACAUGAUGGAGCCCCUAAUGUUGGAAAGAGUUGGGUACAUGAUGCAUAUGCUCAAGCUCAACUAACACUCCAGGCCCUGAAGCUAGCUACAGAGUUGUUGUUGCCAGGUGGCUGGUUUGUGACUAAGGUUUUUCGUUCAAAAGAUUACCAUGCCCUGUUGUGGGUGUUCAAAAAGUUGUUCAAGAAGGUCCAUGCAACCAAACCACAGGCAUCACGUCAUGAAUCGGCAGAAAUCUUUGUUGUUUGCCAGGGAUACACUGCUCCAGACAAGAUUGAUUCCAAAUUCCUCGAUCCAGCAUACUUGUUUAAAGAUGUUGAUGUAGAACCAGUUACAAAACAAAACUUGCUUCAAAUUGACAAGAAAAAUAAGAAAAAGAAGGCUGAAGGGUAUCCUGAAGGAGACUACACACUUUACCAUCAAUUAUCUGGGUUGGAAUUCAUUAAGAGUACUAAUCAUGUAGAACUGCUUAGCAAGUGUAGUGAGAUAGUUUUGGACAGUCCAGUGAUUGUUGAUCAUCCUUUAACAACUGAUGAAAUCAAAGAAUGUUGCAAAGACAUAAAAGUGUUGGGACCAAAAGAAUUGAAAGCUAUUUUAGUGUGGCGAAAAAAAAUCAAGCAGUACCUUGAAACCCAAGAAAAAAAGGAAAUCGAAAAAGAUCUAGAAGGAGAGGAGGAGGUGAAAAACAAAGAGGAGGAAAUGAACAACAAGGAAGAGAAAGAGGAGGAUGAGAUAGUUAAACAAAUUGAAGAAUCCAAAAUAGAAGAGGCUCAAGAAUUGAAGAGAAAAAAAAAGAAAAUUCUCAAGGAGAGGCGGAAAUUACGUGACAAGAUGAACUUGCAGAUGGUAAUAAAGAAUGAUGAACCAAUACAACAGCAAGAUGAUGAACUUUUUCAGCUUGCUCGUAUCAAAACAAAAAAGGAUCUUUCUCAAGUAGAAGAAGACAAUAUAGUGGAGGGGCUAGACCCAACAAAACCCCAAGAAAAUGAUGAAGAAGUGAAGAAUCAAAACUUGAAAAGAAAGUGGGUUGAUUACAACAAGGAUAACCAUGAAUAUUACUGGAGCAUUGGUAACAAUGAGGAAAAUAUUAGUGAAGAUGGUGUAAUAUCUGAUGAUGAUGAAGAGGGGAAGAGGCAAUUUGAAGAUUCUGGAGAUGAAAGUGAUCUAGAAGGUAGCUUGAAAUGGGAAAAUGAAGAUGAUAACCCCCUCUUGGUAGACUUGACUGGUGAAAAAAAGAAAUUCCAAGCAGAAAGAAAAGCAGAACUCUGGUUUCAGAAAGACACAUUUGCUGAACUAGAUGAAGAUGCAGAAGAAGACCUAGAAAUAGAAAUGAUAACUGAGAGUCUACAGAAGAAACAGAAAAAAGAAGCAGCACAGAGUGUUGAACAUAGUAAAAGCAAACCAGAAAAGACUGAAGAAAACAAAAAGUCAGGAGAGAGUUACAGCUCUGAUGACAGUGAAACUUCUAAUAUUUUAAAAGUUAAAAGUUCUAGUUCAAAGAUGAAUAAUUCAGCUAUGGCUGAAAAUGUGGAGAAUAUAGAGAAUGAAGUUGAAACCAGUCAUCCUACUGUAACUAAGAAGAAAAAGAAGAAAAUAAAGCUAGAUCCAGAGGGCCUAGCUCUUGGUUCCAUGAUGAUUCGGUCACAGAAAGCUAAAUCAGGUGUCAUUGAACAUGCUUUAUAUUUCACAAUAAGGUACACUUUCAAUGAUGAAAAUCUCCCAGACUGGUUUGUGAAAGAUGAAGAACUUCAUUAUAAAAAAGCAAUACCUGUUACAGCUGAAAUGGUGUCACAGUACAAAGAACGUUUGAAGGAAAUCAAUGCCAGGCCAAUCAAAAAAGUAGCAGAAGCAAAGGCAAGAAAGAAGAAAAGAGCUUUAAAACGUAUGGAGAAAGCAAGAAAAAAGGCUGAAAAUAUUACAGAUUCUACGGACAUGACAGACAAGGAGAAAGUACAGCACAUUAAGUCAAUCUACAAGAAAGCAGUUCAAGGUAAGAAGGAAAAAGAAAUUACCUAUGUAGUAGCUAAGAAAGGGAUGGGCAAGAGAGUUCACAGACCAGCUGGGGUUAAAGGUCAAUUCAGGGUGGUAGAUCCUCGAAUGAAGAAGGAUAAUAGGCGAAAGAAAACUGAGGAAAAGAAUUUCAAACGGAAAAAAGGAAAAAGUCGAAGACAAAAAAGAACAUAAGCUGGAGAAGUGUCAGACAAGUUUACAUCAUAGUUUAAUUAAUAUUGUGUAAAUAAAAACAUUUCCAGAAGCCAUAA